GUUAACUUAUACUAAAAUUUUAAGUGAUGAAUAUAUCAAAAGAAAUCUUGGGUUCUGGAUUGACUUGCGAAGUCAGAAAAGUAUAGAUCAAGGGUGAAGAAUACGCUAUCAAACUAUUUAAGGAUAAUGUCUCUACACAGUUGAUUAAAAAGGAGAUUAACAUUCUUUCUUAAAUUGACCAUCACAACGUUAUUCAUUUAGUAGAUGGAAAUCAUGAAGAAAGAUACAUGAUAACAGAGCUUCUCUAGAAAAUGGAUCUCUUUGACAUUUUAGCCAAAGGAUAGAAACCAUUCUCAAUAGCUUCUAUUAAAUGCAUUAUUUUAUAAUUAACAGCGGCAAUCCAAUAUAUUCAUAAAUUGGGUUUCGUGCACAGAGACAUCAAAUUAGAAAACAUUCUAUUGGACAAGAAGUUGGAUAUCAAAAUUUGUGACUUUGGAUUUGCUGAACCAAUCAAAGGAGGAUAUGUUACCAGAUCAGCUGGUACAUAGGGAUAUUUGGCCCCAGAGUUGUAAAAUCAAGGCCAAAUCAUUACCGAGGCCUUACCCAUCACAGAAGUGUUCUCCUUGGGAGUGUGUCUCUUCCUAACCGCUUUUGCCCAUCCUCCCUUCAGAUAAACCACCAAAGCUUGUCCUUAUUGGAGAUUAAUUUCCAACGGAUAAUGGGCUAAAUAUUGGUAGACAGUCGACAAAUAAAAAAAAUACGAUGAUGAGUUCCGCUCACUCGUCCAAGGUAUGUUGGAGCCAGAUCCAGCAAAAAGAAUGACCAUUGAUUAAGUAUUGGAUCACUAAUUUAUGAAUGGUGGAUGCAAGAAUACAUUUUAGUUAGAAGUAUGGGAACGAAUGAAAAUCGAUUGAGAGGACAGAAGAGGUUAUAACAAAAAGGUGCU